GCGUGCGUGCGAGCAAGCGAGCGCGCAACCAAACGAUAUAGUUCGAAAUAGUUGUGCACAAGUUGUGUAAACGGUGUUGGCACGCGUAGCUGAUCAAACCGAUCGAGAUUUGCGUGUGGUUUAACUUCGCCGUACUAUAACAUCGCCUUGUGAUAAAACCUUUCUACUUUCAACGCAUUCAACGGUAACAAGCAUGAUCCUUCGAAUUCCCUCCGUCUUGUUCCUCGUGCGUACACCAUUACACGAUCGUUCGACGAAGAAUACGCAGUGUAGAAACCAGAGCAAGUAGUUUACACCAGUGAGCGUAAUCUAAGGACAUUCGUGAUUUAUUUUGUCUUUGAAUUCUUUAACGGUAGACUACAUCGUUAUGCCAUUCGCAUUUCUAAUAACGAUGGUUAAUCUGAAAUCAAGUAUCGUGUUUUCCUGUAACAGCGACGAAAUUAUAUUAAAAGAGUGAAAUAUCAAUAUUUCGAAGAAAGAAGAACUUUACUGUCGAAUACCUGUACACACAUUCGUGUACAACUUUUUUGCUAACACAGCACCGAUUUUCUUUAUGCUACAUACAUAUGUGUAAGGAAAACGUACAUAUAUACAUGAAUAUUUUCCCUGUAAAAUUGUAAAAAAUCAUAACCAACGAUGUUGAAAACGUAUACUACCACUGUUACUACUACGAGUUAAAUCGAAUCUGGAAUUUAAGAAACAUCGGAUUGGGAAGAUUUCCUUUUGCAGAAAUGCAAAUUCUAAUUGAAAUUUAGUCGAAACGAUACGGAAUCACGAAAAAUGAGACAGCUCACAUUUAUGGCCUGUUCGGUGCUUUUACUAUCUUUACUGCUACUCAUUAGCAUCGUGUCAUCGGCCCCUUCCUAUGAACAUGUUGCCCUUCAGGCUGCCGACCAAUGUGAUUGGAUUGGAAGCGGAGGUGGAGGCCGAGGUGUUCGACCAGUAUAUCUGCGAUGUUCCAGAGGAACGGUACUUUGGCGGUAUCCACGAGGAGCUUUACGAGUUGUUCUCUCACCCCCUGUUUUAGCUGGAUUCGUAUCGAAAGUUAAUUACGAAAUGAAUCACGGAAAAGGCAACGUUAAUAAGAAAAACGACAGCUAUUGGAACGACAACGAUGACCCGUUUCAGUUAUCCGGUUUCCGUACUUGUACCAAGAUUUCAGGUCCAGUACGAGUAUAUCUGGAAACUCAUGGCAAACUUCGGUCAAUAUACUCGCCGAGGGACGGCAAAGAUAUAGCUUCACAUAGAUGUUUUCAUGCGAAAAAACAACCCGCAGCACUUUACAUAGAAGCAGAAGAAUUUACGUCGGGUGAACUUCACAAUGCGAGAUUACAAUAUGAUUUAGAAGUACGGUACGUCGACAUUCGACAAGGAGUAUCGCAACGAUUUAAUGAUGAGGAGGAAGACUGUAGACCAUGUACUAUGGAUGAACUAGCUAAGGCGUAUUGUCAAAGCGAUUUCAUAGCCAGAGGUACCGUAAGUGCUGUCCAGAGACGACCAAAUUUAGAAGCUGCUGAACUCGUCCUUAGAGUAACAAAAAUUUUACGUCGGAUCGAAGAGAAUGAGAGUAACAACGAUGCAGAUCCUACCGAUUCCCAUGACCGUAAAAAUGUUCGUGUAAGGGUGUCAACUGCCUGUGAUGCACGUCAUGGCCAAGGAGAAUUUGUGAUAAUGGCUAAACGAAGACUCGGUGAUCUUGUUCUGGUCUGUGCACCGAGAAUAGAAACUUGGGCAAAGACAGUCCGCGAAUUGGAAACUGCACCGUGUGUUCUUCAAAGUUAGCACACCCAAGUUCCAAGAAUCGCCUGUAAAUAAUUUAUUUUCCUAUUCUGCGUUGUAUGAAUAUCGAUCUCUAAACUGUGAUAUUGUUUUGUGGAAAUUUUAUCGUGAGAAAUACAUGACUUUUUAGCAAUAUAACUAACAA